CUCAACCCAGGGUAAUUCUCAACCACAACCUCCGUAUCUGGUAGCUGCAGAUGGAAACAGAAACAAGAGUUAGAAAAAUGUGAAUCUUGAGCUGGGAAGUCCGAGCCCAGAAGCUUUCAGAAGUGGGCGGGUGUGUGAGUUAAAAAAAAAAAAAAAAAAAAAAGUGGAAACCCUGCCGGCCUAGUGCAAGUCUGCAUAACAGACUAAAUGACGGCUGCCUAUCUCUUCGGGCCGGAGCCCCUCCCCUCGGGCCGCGCCGAGUGUGACACAGGUGCCGCUUCCUCCUGCGGCUGCUGAGGGUCAGGAGCGCGCCACCGUCCCGCCUCCCCAGGGCCUCUGACCCGCUGCACCCGCACCACUGGGGAUGAGCAGCUCGCUCACGCCGCUGCCGCCGCCGCCGCCACCGCUGUCGAUGCCGACGCCGGGCCACGAGCCUGACCCGGGGAUGGCCUCCAGUGACAUUGCCAUCAUUGCAGGCGUGAUCACGGCCGUGACCUUCGUGCUGGUCUGCCUUCUUCUCCUCGCGCUGCACUACAUGUACCGGCACAAGGGCACCUACCACACCAACGAGGCCAAGGGCACGGAGUUCGCCGAGAGUGCGGACGCGGCGCUGCAGGACGACCCGUCCCUCCAGGACAGCGGGGACAACAGCAGAAAGGAGUACUUCAUCUGAGGAACUUCACCAGGACUCUCCUCCCCCAGCGCCUCCGUCCAGGAGCGAAGACCCCACCACCCGCGGCACCAGGCAGCCAGCCAGCACCCCCACAUCGCGUGACACGCACCUCACCUCGGACAUGGGAUGUGGACGGCGCGGAGGGAGCAGAGGAGGAUGGAGCUGGAGAGGCCUCUCCCCCAGGGACCCAGGGAUUCUCCGCUAGAGGGAGGAGGUAUGGGCCUCCUGGACCAUAAAAGUUGCCACCUACAUGGCGUGAAUGUGAGCAGGGUGCUGGGCCGGGGGGGGGGGGGGGGGGGGCUGGGGAAUAAGGAAGCGAGUCAUCAUUAUGCUGACUGGGGUUAAUGGCAUCAAAUAUCAGCCCAGUGACAUUUGGGGGGAACAGCAGGUGCCAGAGCUCAAAGGCACCUUUGUUUGCCGUUGUUUCAGCUCUCAGUGAUUGGAAAUAAAUUUGAAAUAAAUGUAACGGAGCAUUCAGUCAAA